CACAAGGAUACCCUGGUCUUACAAAUACCCACUCAUGUCUCUAGACUUGGUGAGGUUUAGUGAGCUGGGUGAAGAGGAAGGAGAACAAGUUCCAGAUCUGGAAUCAGUUAAGGCUCUGACAGCCAGACUGAACCUCCAGACCAGGCGUCCAUCUUACCAGGAAUGGGCACAGAGGGUACAGGGACAGCCCUGGAUGCAAGGCAAGGACCAAGAACAAAACUCGCCAAUAGGCAGCGUGUGUGGAUUUAGCUCUAUGGAUGAAGCUUUGGAAUGGCUCAGGAAAGAGUUGAGGGAAAUGCAAGCCUCUGAUCACCUCCUAGCUAGACAGCUAAUGCUCUUACGGUCUCGAAUAUCACAGCUCAAAGUGGAACAGACCUGUGAGCGUCACAAGGAGAUGUUAGAUGAUGCCACAUUUGAUCUGGAGGGUUGUGAUGAAGACUCGGACCUACUCUGUGACAUCCCACCAAGGGCAGCCUUUUCGCUCUCUACUCCACUUAAACACAUUGGUGUCACCCGGAUGAAUAUCAACUCUAGGAGAUUUUCUUUGUGCUGAGAGACCCACCAAUGGCAGCUUUUGAGAUAUUAGACUUAUUGGUUUUCAAUGUUUUGGAUGGAAAAUAACAUGAAUAAAUUGGAACCUCUUCAAAAAUGAAAUCCACAAAUAUAUUUAAUUGAAGUUAAAUGUCAAAUUACUCCAAGGUUAACUCAUCCCUAUAAAUAUACAGAUUUUCAAUACAAUAUAAUUUUUUUUUAAAUGUGUAUGUGUUUAUGAUAAUUUCUUUCAGGAUGAACAACAUGGCAAAACAGUCCCAAUAAGGCAUAACCUAUUCAGAAUUUGUAUGUAUGUAAUCAGUUUGUGUACUUUAGCAUGUAAAUAUGUACACACAAUGGCAUAUUGUCUGUCUGUAAUGU